AUGACCCCGGCAUCAAGCCAUGCACAGAGAACCCACAUCGUACUUCUCGAGAAAAAUCUGGAAUUUGAGAACAAGAUAGUGGACUUGACCAACAAAAGCGACGAGUUCAAAGCAAAGUAUGGCUCUGUGCAUCCCGUACCGGGUGCAUCGGCCAAGAUCCCCAUCCUGGAAGAUGUGGAUGGCACCACGCUCAUCGAAAGUUGGACCAUCAUGCAUUACUUGGAGUACAAGUAUCCCGAGACCCCACUCCUGCCCAAGGGUGCCGCCGAGCGAGCAAAGAUCGAGCUCUUUGUGCAGCUCCAGGGCGCCAGUCUGUUUGAAAGAUCGUCCGCGAUCCUGAAGGCCCGCACCCAGGCCGAGCUUGCGGUGGCCAAGGCGGGCUUCGUUGAUGCGCUCAAGGUCCUGAAUGCCGCACUGAGGACGCUCGGCUCGCAGGAUGGCGGAGACUACUUUGCGGGGGGGCAGUACACCCUGGCAGACAUUGCAGCCAGCACCCGCAUCUACCGGCCAAUAGUCCUGGUGGAGGAUCACUUUGGCAUGGACGUCCAGAGGCUCAUCAAUGAGCAUCGCCUGGACCGGCUGAAAGCGUGGCUCAAGGCCAUUUUUGAGCGCCCCACUUUCAAAGCGAGCAUCCCCAGUCGUGCAGCCAUGUCUGAGAAGAUGGGCAAGCAUGUCGUCCCCCUCGAUGGCUGA